AGGGGGGGAAGAAAGCGGAAGUGGCGAAAGAAUGACGUUGCAAUGACGUACUUUUCCCUCCCUCUUGUGCAGCGGCUUGAGUGAAAAUGGCGGACUGGCGGCCUGUCGUGUGACUGUUACACUGUGUGUCAUUAACUGGAAACGAACGCGGGUGACGUGAUAUUUCGAUGUCCGGUGCGGACGAGCGGGCUCGCUGUUCGUGCGACGCGUUUCCGUGCUCCAGUCAAAGCUGCCGUCCAGUAACCGCCGCGGACAAAGUCCGAGCACUUCUCCUGCCAAACGGGGGUAAGUGAUAAGUGAAAGGACCCGUAAAGCAUCACACAAGACUUUCCCGAUCAAGAACAUCUGUACGCUGCUGAACAGCCCCAUCUUCAAAGAUGUCCGACUAUUUGACAAGAGGCUUCAGGGCCCAGCUGGACACAGCCAUGGAGUCAGUCCUGAGGAGAGCCGUGUGUGAAGUAAUGAAGAUCUUUGAGAGCAGCCUACGCGGCCAUCAAAUGGAGCUGGCGCAGAAAGGUGAAGAGGUCGCUCACCUUAAAGUAAAGUUACAGACUGCAGAGAUCAAGCUGCGAGAGCGUGAGUGUGGAGGUGACGGAUUAUUGGAGGUGAAUGAAACGCAGAUGAGUGAAACUCAAAGAGAGCUUGGAGUUGUUGUGAACCCACUUGUACCAACCUCUGAUGUUCCAGAGAUUGAUUUUGAAGUGCCCGACGACUGGUGUGCUCCCCUGGGCGAUGACACCGUGGCCAAGCAAGACGAUGCCGUGUGUCCCAGUGUAAGACUUCGCCCACUGUUGAUUCCACUGUGCCGCAUUCCAAUCAUCAAGCAGGAGGUGACUGACUGUGACAUUCACUCCGACAAGCUAAGGAAGGAUGUCAUGACAUCCAGGAGAGGUUCCGCGUUAAACGAGAGACACAUGCACACUCAGGACAACAGCUUACCAACUCACAAACGAGAAAUACGACGUAGGCCAAUGAGAAACGACAUGAACCAAUUACUCAAAGACAUCAAACUGGUAUAUUCUGACCAAACAGCUGGUGUAGGUGUGAGAACAAGAGGCAGAAAUUUAAUUGCAAAAGAGCAAAAUAAAACUGUGAAGGGCAGAAGAGAGGAGGGAACAACCAAAUCUGAAUCCACAGAACAGGAGAGAGUGGAAAGUGAUGGUGCGGAGAGGUAUUCCUGCAAGUAUUGCAAGAAGUUAUUUGAUACCGACUUUGGAAGAAGGGUGCACAUACGAUCACACAAGAGGUGCCGAGCUUGCAAAAAAGAGUUCCUUUUUCCAAGUGCUUUGAAGUGUCAUAAAUUAUCUUGCAAAAAACUCAAGAAAAUGUUGGCAAAGAGAGCACUGCCCACAGACACUCCAAAACCCGAGAUCUGUGGUGAAGAAAAAGCGACUUCACCAAGCAACAAGCAGGUGAUCAUUAAAAAGGAAAGCUCACCACUUUCUGGCAACCACAGUGAAUCAUCGAUUCAUAAUGAUGGAUCCACAGGAAAGUACCUCUGUGCAUUCUGCAAAAAGACUUUCCCUUCAAACUCUAAGCUCAAGGAGCAUGAGCGCGUUCAUACUGGCGAAAAACCGUAUCCUUGCUUUGUGUGCCAGAAGAAAUUCCGCGUUAAGCAGUCACUCAAAAAACACAUGUUGAGAAUGCACAGGGACCAAAUUAAUUCCAGUGAGGCAAAAGGAGAUCCUACAUGGACCGUCCCUCCUGGCACCGAAGAUAAUCUAGAGGAUUCGAUUUCUCUCAGCAAAGACAAUAGUCGCACAAUCAGCCGUAACAAUGUUCGGAGAAGACACAAUUCAGACAUGAAGCCGAGUCACAGAUGGCAAACCAUGGGUGUACGAACCUCGAAAGGUUUCAUCUGUUUAACAUGUCAGAAGUUCACAUCAGCCAAGCACCUGUUGAUUGAACACUUUCGCAUCCACACAGGAGAGAGGCCCAUCAAAUGUCAGAAGUGUCUUGCAAAGUUUCGUACUUAUCACCAGCUAUAUACGCACAGAAAAAGGUGCUGUAAUCCUCUGUCAUCGAUCCAGUGUGAGAAGUGUGAUAAGGUAUUGCCGUCAAAAGCAAAAUAUAAUAGGCACGUGUCUAAAUGUAAGAGGGAUCAACCUAAUGCCUUGCAAGGUUUGCAGAAAAGGCUUCUUCCUUAAGGGACGCCUCAGGAACCACAUGGAGCAUUGCCAAGGCAAAACCGGCAUGAAGUUAAUAUCACCCGUCUGCGGACAUUGAAAGCCUGAACGUGUGCUCUUCCCAAUUGAUUUGAGAUUUAACAUUUCUGUCACAUAUUAAAACAGUAAAAGAAAAAAUAUUGUGCCAGCAUUGUUGUGUAUUGCAAGAUACCUUCUGAUUGGUAAAUAAGAAAUGAUUAAAUAAAAUAUUUCAUAGGUCCUGUCCAUCCCCAAGUACUCUUGUUCUGCCACUGUUAACUUGUUUUGGAUAAAACCUUUGAGGGUGAAUGUACUUUGGUGUUGUGAUGGAGACGUACUGAGAAUUUAGAUUAAGAAAGUGGAGAAUAUUUUGAUGGGAAUGUGUUUUGGACUAAUUAGGUGAAUACCAUGUACAACCAAUAUUGCCUUAAAGCAGACCUACUCUUUGACUACAUUACUGGCUACAAUGGUGUAGUAAACAAAAACAUUUGCCACCUUGGUUGAAGCUGCAUCCUAACCCCGUUUGUAUUUAUGGAGAGUAAAUAUUCAGUUACGUACUGUAUGCACUUGUCUAUUUUUUUACUCACAGGCUACACUGUCGUGUUAUGUAUAUAGGUUUUAGCAGAAUUUGAGAAACUACGGCACACAGUUUUAAACAAGUCCCAGAGUUUCUGGGGAUGUGUUUGGUUGUGGACUCAAGACUUUGGGAUUCAACUUGUCCGAUGCUGACUCCAUUGCUUUGACCAAAUGUAACUGGUUAUCUUGUCUGUCCUGUUAUUUGACAGAUAUCCCCAAACAUAUUUCACUGUUUAGGAUAUAAAGUUUGGUUGUUAUUCUCAUCUGGUGCUUGAGUUCUGAAACAAGCUCUCCAGUUUUUUUUUUAAUUUUUAUUAUUUAUAUUAUUGUUUUUUUAAAUUGUUCCAGUAGUAGUUUUGACUUAUUGUUGUCGUCUUGUCUGACAAGCCCAUUGUUAUGUUUGUCUUUGAUGAAAGGGGGUUAUAAUGGUGUUGCUUGAUUGAGACAUUGACAAUACCCCAAUAAAAUUCAUAUUUUACACUUUGUUUUACAAA